GAUGUGAGAAGUUUAAGUCGAUCUGUUAAUGAUGCAGCUUGUUGCUAUUGGUCACCUGCUGCCAAACACAAAGGAAAUCAAUACUACAAAAUAAAAGACCUUCUGCUCCAACAGAUUUGUGUUUUUGAGCUUGAGAGACAGAUUGACGGAGGAGGAGGAGGAGGAACACAAGGAGGAAGAAGAGGAGGAGGCGGAGUAGGAUGAAGAGGAAUAAAUGGAAGUGGAUAAAAUAAGAGGAAAGGGGAGGAUGAGAAGAAGGAGGUGGAGGAGGAGGCGGAGUAGAAGAAGAAGAAUGAGGAGGAUAAGAAAAGGAAGAAUAAGGAGGAGGAGUAGAAGAAAAUGAAGAUGAAGAGGAAGGAGGAGUAGAAGAAGAGGAAGAAGAAGGAGGUGGAGGAGGAGUGGUUGAGGCAGACCAACUUCUGGACUCUGGUGAACUGCUGAAGGAGGAGGAACCGGAGCGGCUCCCUCGCUCUGCGCGCGCUCCUCGCUUCUCCUUCCAUACGGAAUCUCACGUGCGCGCAGCGACUCACGCUCGUUCCUGUCGGAUCCGAGUUUUGGGUUCUGCGCCGCGGCUCUCCGUGACGUGAGGAGAGGGACAGGGACCUGGAGGUCCUGGAGGUCCUGGAUUCCGACGCUUGUUGUUCAUUCUUCUCACUUCGCUGCUGUGCGUUUCUUUUUUGUGAGCUUCACGCAGAUCAAACUUGUGACGGUUGUCUCCCGAUGAUCUCCUGGACUCUCUUUAACUUCCACGCAGCCUGAUGUUCUGCUCUCCUCUCGUGAACCUGUGGAUGUGUACUUUUAUUCUGCCGAGACUUUCAACUUUGCUUCCUGAGCACCGGCUGCUUCCGGUUCCAUCACCUGCAGUUUUCCUCUUGAUCACCUUCAAAUCAGAAGGUAGUUUUGACGAAGGAGAGAAGGAAACCACAGGACUGUUACUGGCUCUGCUUCUACACUCUUCUCUUUAUAGUUUGUAUUUUCUUCAACAUCUAAAAUCACAUAUUUUCAUAUCUCUGAGUCUCUAGAGGAAACUGUAUGUAUGAGGUGCCCUGAGGACCCAAGAGAAGGAAACAGGAAACCCGAAGUCUGCUGUGUAUCUGGAGGAAUCCAAGAGGAGAGUCCAUAUAAACCAGAAGAACCCUACCUCCAUUAAGAGGUGCUCCGAGAGAAUUGAGGAAAUUAAAAUCUGGAUCUUAAGGACCGUAAUGCCGUUGAAGGGUCGUUGAGAAGCUGUGAAACUUCCUGUUUCAAGCAUCAAGGACCUUGAUAAAAUCUCUCUGAGGAUCAAAACCCAAAAGACAAGAAUCUUUAGGAUUGAACCAGGAGGGUAUUUGUAAAUGAGGACUCCACAGAACAACUCCAGGAUACCUUGAAAUCCUAGAAAAGUGAGGAAACCAUGAGGUCACGGGAGAACCCGGAGGAACCUGAACCGUAGGAAAUCUUCAGAUGUUUAAAGACCUUGAGGAUCCUUAGGGUUAUGUACUUUGAGGAGCCCUACGAGGACCCUCACACUCCAGAGGAACCUUGAGGACCCCCCCAAUGGGCACCCUGCGGGACCUGCAGUAUGCCCUGCAGGAGAAGAUCGAGGAGCUGCGGCAGCGUGACACCCUGAUCGACGAGCUGGAGCUGGAGCUUGACCAGAAAGACGAGCUGAUCCAGCGGCUGCAGACAGAGCUGGACAAAUACCGGUCCGUGCUCCGGCCCGCCACGGCCCAGCAGGUCCAGGCCCAGCAGCAGAGCCUGGUCCUGCAGCCGGACCAGCACCGCAGCAAGCGGCAGGCCAUCUCCGCCGAGCCCACGGCCUGCAACAUCAGCGACCUGAGCCACGUGACCCUGCCCUUCCACCCCAAGAGCCCCCAGUCCAAGGAGAUGAUAAAGGACGCCAUCUUGGACAACGAUUUCAUGAAGAACCUGGAGCUGUCUCAGAUCCAGGAGAUUGUGGACUGCAUGUACCCAGUGGACUAUGGGAAGGACGCCUGCAUCAUCAAGGAGGGCGACGUGGGCUCUCUCGUCUACGUGAUGGAAGAGGGGAAGGUGGAGGUGACUAAAGAGGGGAAGAAGCUGUGUACGAUGGGCCCAGGUAAAGUGUUCGGAGAGCUGGCCAUCCUGUACAACUGCACCCGCACGGCCACCGUCAUGACUCUGAUCCAUGUGAAGCUCUGGGCGAUUGACCGUCAGUGUUUCCAGACCAUCAUGAUGAGAACCGGACUCAUCAAACACGCUGAGUACAUGGACUUCCUCAAGAGUGUUCCCACAUUCCAGGGUCUCCCAGAGGAGACUCUCAGUAAACUGGCUGACGUAAUGGAGGAGACUCACUAUGAAGAAGGAGAGUUCAUCAUCAGACAGGGAGCCAGAGGAGACACCUUCUUCAUCAUCAGCACGGGAAAGGUGAACGUGACCCAGGAUGGUUCAGCCAAUCAGGAGCCAGCUCACCUCAGAGUGCUCAGCAGGGGAAGCUGGUUUGGAGAGAAGGCCCUGCAGGGUGAAGAUGUUAGAACAGCAAAUGUCAUCGCUGCCGAGGCCGUCUCCUGCCUGGUCAUCGACCGAGACUCCUUCAAGCAUCUGAUUGGAGGACUGGAGGACGUCUCCGUCAGGGGACACGAGGACGCCGAGGCCAAAGCCAGGUACGAGGCGGAGAACGCCUUCUUCUCCAGCCUAAACCUGAAGGACUUCAACAUCAUCGACACGCUGGGAGUCGGCGGCUUCGGACGCGUCGAGUUGGUGCAGCUGAAGAACGAGGAGGCGAAGACCUUCGCCAUGAAGAUCCUGAAGAAGCAGCACAUUGUUGACACGAGGCAACAGGAACACAUCCGCUCGGAGAAACAUAUCAUGACCGAAGCGCACUCCGACUUCGUCGUGAGGUUGUACCGGACCUUUAAAGACAGUAAAUACCUGUACAUGCUGAUGGAGGCCUGUCUGGGAGGAGAGCUGUGGACCAUACUGAGAGACAGGGGCUCGUUUGAGGACUCCACCACCAGGUUCUACACAGGCUGCGUGGUCAGGGCCUUCGCCUACCUGCACGCCAAAGGCAUCAUUUACAGAGACCUGAAGCCUGAGAACCUCAUCCUGGACAGCCGUGGAUACGCCAAACUGGUGGACUUUGGUUUCGCCAAGAAGAUCGGUUUCUGUAAGAAGACGUGGACGUUCUGCGGGACACCGGAGUACGUGGCUCCGGAGAUCAUCCUCAACAAAGGCCACGAUGUGUCUGCAGACUAUUGGUCUCUAGGCAUCCUGAUGUACGAGUUGCUGACCGGCAGUCCCCCGUUUUCAGGUCCAGAUCCAAUGAAAACCUACAACGUCAUCCUGAGAGGCAUCGACAUGAUCGAGUUCCCCAAGAAGAUCCCCAAGAACGCCGCCAGCCUCAUCAAGAAGCUCUGCAGAGAUAAUCCCUCAGAGAGACUUGGAAACCUGAAGAACGGAGUCAAAGACAUACAGAAGCACAAGUGGUUUGAAGGAUUUAACUGGGAGGGUUUGAAGAAGGGAACUCUGACUCCGCCCAUCACACCCAAUGUCUCCUCUCCGACCGACACCGGCAACUUCGACAAUUUCCCAGAAGACACCGACGAGCCGCCGCCAGACGACACCUCCGGAUGGGACUACGACUUUUAGUCGGGAUUGAUACCCGACGUGAGGUCCGAAUCCGAGGCAAAGGAGACCUCUCACCGGGGCCAAUGGAAGACGAGCUACACCAGCCACCUGGAGGACCCUUCCACCCCAAGUAGCAGACUGUGUCAGCAGUUUUUUUGAGCCUUGUGGGAAUCCAACCUUGAUGAUUUGUCGCCACAUUGUGCCGUUGUGUGGUUGAUGCUGAGUGCGAAGAAGGGCGGCGGAUGGGACGCCAAUCAAACUGGUUCCUCUAGCUGGAGGAACAACUAACCUGAUAAGCAUCUGAUAUUGUGUCCCCACAACCGGCGAGCACUUGUUACUGAAGUCUCUCAGCGGAGUAAGCAGGUCCAAGGAAUCUCAGAGUGACAAAUACCUGCUUCAAACGGUGAACGCACGAAUUCUGAGCAAGUCAUCCUCUUGGUUUUAGUAAAAGAACUCUGGAACGAAACCCCUCCAUUCCCUUGAACCCCGGAGCAACCCCCGAGUCCUUGUUGGCUCCAGCUGAACUUUGUCUGUCUUCAUCCAUCGGCAGCAGGUUUGUGCCAAAUAUAAAUAAUUGAGUCUUUAAAUCUGUGAAGCUCUUCAGUCUAAAUGCUGUCACCAGAGGAAGCUGAUUAUCAAAUGUGUGGAUCAAAUGGACCCGGGGAGAGACAGUAGAGUCAAGAAACAACAUUGCUCUGUUGAGGCUGAUACAAGGUCUAGGUCACACAACUGCUGCUGCCCGGUUCUGACCAUGUGGACCCAAUUAUUGCUCUCCGUGUGUGGGCCGGGAAACCUGAGGUCACUGUGAUACCUUCACUCCUUGCCUCAUAGCAGAGGAACUCAACAAGUCGGCUGUAGCGGCAGAUGACGUAGGCGAUACGUUUUCUGAUUUUAAUCUUUCCUUUUCCAUCCUUCUAAUGGUGUGGAUCUGUGCAUCUUUGCAUAAGAGUAGAUGUUCUCUAUAUAUUUCCAAGGCUUCCUAUAUUUGUUUUGAACAUAUGCACAAACCGUCCUUUCUCACACACACAUUGGGAGAAAUGUAUUAUCAGCUCUGUUUCUCAAGGUGUUUCAAAGAGGAACAAUGGACCUGCUUCCUGAUGGAUGGAAGUUGUCUGUUGAAUUGUUUUAUUUGGGAUCUAAAUGCUCAAAAAGAACAUCAACAUGUGCAGGUCAAGGUCAUGUGACCCUUCUCUUCUGAAUCCUCCACAUUCUUCUGUUUGCAGUUUUCAAGGUCCACCUGUCUAUCUACCUGUCUGUGUACACAUCGUCUACCUGUCGGUCUACCUUUUUUUCCUUUUCUCUGAGUCUCAUGAUGUUUUAACGUUUCAAUAUUUUAGGAAAUAAGUUGAUUCUCUUGUUUCUUAGAAUGAGAGGUUAGCCUAGC